AUGCAGAGUAAGUUCCUUAUUAGAAGGAUGACUAAAGAUGACAUCCCAGGAGUCAGAGAGUUACAGACAAAACUCUUUCCACUGACAUAUAGUGAUGCAACAUAUGAAAAAUACAUUUCAAAUAAAUAUUUAUCAAUUGUUCUCGAAAAGAUAACUGGCGAUUUAACCGAAAUUGUAGGAGUUUCCACAUCACUCCGCAUUUGGGUAAGCAAAUGGUCAAAUAAAACAGAAGCAUAUAUUUCAACUUUCGGAAUUGAUGAUAGAUUUAGAAGAAUGGGCCUUGGAACAGAGUUGAUGCGUGUUACUGCAAGAAUUAAUAUUGAUCAUUUUCAAGCUGGCCAUGUUUUAUUACAUAUUAUGAAAGAUAACGUUUCAGGAUUCGAAUUCUAUAAGAACCGUGGAUUUAUUGCCCAAAAGUUAAUACCAAAUUAUUAUAAGAUCGCAGAAAAGAACUAUGAUUCAAUUUUCAUGGCAUUACACGAAUUUAAAGAGCCAGAAAAUCCACCAACUGUAACAGUCGAAGUAAGUGAUGAGCUUAAACAAGAAAUGAAGACAGUUGAUGUUGUUCCAUGUUUCUUACCAUACUUUUAUGCUUCACCAUAA